ACCAGCUUCCGUUUUCACCGUCUCUCUAGUCGUUGCUAUUCUUAUCAAACAUCUCCUAAGCAAUACAAAUUUCCCUAUACUUUGAUACAACCUGCUCCCUAUCUCUAACAUAGACGUCCUAUUUCCUCUCCCAUGGCCCUCCAAGCCUCCAAUAAUGGCGGGUCAUCGACCUGCGUAAUGGAGCUGCAAGAGCUAGAACCCUCCCACCAACCCACCACAUCCCCUAAGCAGCAGAAAGCAGACAGCAUCCGUAGCAUCAGCCUCUGCGACGGCAAUAACAAGACUUCAGAAAGCCGGCCAAGCGCAAACGACGACCCGAUAGAGACGCUCCCAUCCCCGACAACAACCGCCCACGAACGCCUCCAACGGUGGAACACCCCGCGCAUCCACAUCUACCGCACCCUAGCAGCAUUCUUCGCCUUCUUCAUCAUGGGCGCCAACGACGCCGCCUACGGCGCCCUCCUCCCCUACCUCGAAGCCUACUACCACCUCUCCUACACCGUAGUAUCGCUGGUGUUCCUCUCCCCGCUGCUCGGCUACAGCGCCAGCGCGCUCCUCAACAAUGCAGUACACCUGCGCUUCGGCCAGCGGGGUGUCGCGUUCCUGGGCCCGCUGUGCCACCUAAUCGCCUACGUCGUCAUCGCGCUGCACCCGCCGUACCCGGCGCUGGUGGUCAUCUUCGUGCUCGCAGGCUUCGGCAACGGCCUCGAGGACGCGGGCUGGAACGCGUGGAUCGGGAACAUGGCGAGCGCGAACGAGCUGCUGGGCUUCCUGCACGGGCUGUACAGCGUCGGCGCAACACUGAGCCCUAUUGUCGCGACGACCAUGAUCACCAAGGCCGGUUUGCCCUGGUACGCCUUCUACUACGUGAUGAUCGGCGGCGCCACCCUCGAGCUCCUCACAAGCCUCAGUGCGUUCUGGAGCGCGACGGGCGCCGUGUUCCGGGCCCAAAACCCCAAGUCCCCGCACGCCAGCGACAACCGCAUGAAAGAAGCUUUGUUCCACGCGCCCUCGGCACGCGUGACCUGGCUCUGCGCCAUCUUCCUGCUCGGCUACGUCGGCACCGAAGUCGCGCUCGGCGGAUGGAUCGUCACCUUCAUGAUGCGGGUGCGCGCCGGCGCGCCCUUCGCCAGCGGCAUGACGGCGACGGGCUUCUGGCUGGGCAUGGCGGUCGGGCGCGUCGUGCUGGGCUUCGUGACGCCGCGCGUGGGCGAGAAACUCGCUAUUGCUAUCUAUCUCCCUCUCACUAUGGCGCUGGAGCUGGUCUUUUGGCUCGUGCCCCAGUUCUAUGUCUCUGCUGUCGCCGUCUCCCUCCAGGGUUUCUUCCUUGGUCCCAUGUUCCCCGGCGCUGUCGUGGCCGCGACCCGCCUCCUGCCGCGCCAUCUGCAUGUCAGUGCUGUGGGCUUUGCUGCUGCGAUUGGUGGUGCUGGGGCGGCUGUCUUCCCUUUCGUCGUUGGCCUCGUCGCGCAGUCACAUGGUGUCAAGGUCUUGCAGCCGAUCGUGCUCGCCCUCUUGGUUGUUAUUUGGGGGGUUUGGAUGGCGUUGCCUAGGCUGGGGAAGAAGAAGUCUUAGGCGCGUGGAUGGAGUAUUGGGGGAAGGGAUGGAGUGUGGGUUUAGGGGGGUUGGGAUGGGGUUUUCUGGGUUAAAAAACAAUUUGGAUCUGGAAGGCGUCGGAAAUUUGCUGUCUGAUUCCGUCCUUAGCUAUGCGGUCAUCUACGGUAAGGGAGCUAAAAAAAAGUCUUGCAUCAUGCAGAUAUUGCACUCUGGAUGGCAUGGGAAGCUUUUUGUAUACCGCAGACGCAUAGGUAGACAGGGCUUCAAUUUAACUAAAGAUAGGCCAGCUCGUCUCGGAAAGUAAAACAA